AUGGGAGAUUUAAACAGACCUCUUCUUGGCUUAUCUAAUUCAAAUACUCAAGAUUUAUCUCCAUUAAAACUUGAACGCAGCCCUGCAAAAGACCAAAAGUCGUCUUCAGACUCAAGUGUCUAUUAUCUCAGCAUGGGAAAAAUAGAAAAACGUAAGCGAAAAGGAAGUAUUGAAAAAUUUAUUCGAAAAUUCAAUUAUUUUGUCCCAGUUGAAGCUUUUGCAGAUUUUAAAUGCAAUUUUGAUAUAACUAGUGAUAAAAAUUAUGUUUUUUCAGGUACAAGUGAAGGAGAUCUGGCUAUGUAUGGCUUCGAUGAAAAACGAAUUCAAACUCAAAAAGUUGCCCAUCAGGCAGUUUCCUAUAUAAAGCUCGACUCAAGCAAUGAUUAUAUUUUUAUAGGCGUUAUAGACGGUGUCAUAGGAAGGCUUAACUUAGGUGGGGAUUACGAAAUUGAUGAGUUUCUCUGUCACAAAUCAAUGAUAACUGGCAUAAAAGUUUCUUCAGACGACGAAUGAAUGUACUCUUCCAGCAAAGACUCAAAAAUUAUCAAAUGAAGAGUGGAAGAUAAGGAGCCUAAGUUGCUUUAUAAGCAUGAAAACGCAAAUGAAAUUGAUUUAAGCGAAGAUAAUAAAAUUAUCAUUAGCUCUGGGAGUGAUAAACUAGUAAAAGUUUGGAAUGUUGAUACUAAUGCUGAAGUAAUUGCAUUAGGACCAAUGGGCUUUGAGAUUAAAUGCAUAAAGUUUUCAAAAUCCAAAUUUAUUGCAUGCGGGACCUCAGAUGGAGAAAUCAAAGUAUGGGAAUGAGGAUCAUUUGAAGUUAAACACAUUUUUCAUAUGGACGAUAAAAACUGUUCAGCUAUAGGUUUUUUAUAUGGAGAAGACUAUUUAGUGUCGUCAUAUAAAACUAUACAAAUUUGGAAUAUGUGAACUGGAGAGUCAGAUAUCACUCUAAAUAACCAAAGAAGCGAAACUAUAAGACUACUUGUAGAUCAGAACAAAAUUUUUUCAAGUACCAAAGAUAAAAGAUUCUUAAUCUGAAAUUUCCCUGAAAUUCCGGAUCAGGUGUGCAUCCAAGCUCAUGAUGGAGAAAUCCUAGACAUGCUAUGGAAUAGCGAGUAUAAGCUGUCGAGCCUGAAAAGUUACCUAAAGGUGGCAAGUCAGUUCCAAGCUAACAAAUACUGAGAAAAAAUCAGCAUUUGUCAACUUGGAGUUGGCUUGUCACCUCUAAGUGACUUUUCAGACUCGCCAGCUACAGGGAAGAGCUAACGCGAGAGUCGUUAUAUGCGUGCAUGCACUAUAUAAGCUGUAUAGCUCAUGCACCUUAAUAAAUCUCUAUACCCCUGCAGAAUGCCGACUAGAAAAAUUAUUGUAUAGGGCACCUGCCUUAUACAGUACAAGUCUGAUUAGGUACCUUGAAACCAUAAACGAAGACUUGCAAUUUUCGUUUUUAACUUUUCAAAAAAGCUGACAAGUACAAAUUAAUUUUGGAAAUUAAAAAUGGAUGGCCAAUAACGAUCUAAAAUAUUUCAGGGGCUAUACUUUUCAUUAGGAGUUGAUAGAAAAAUUAUUGCAUGAGAAGUAGGAACUAAUGAGAAAAAGCAUGAAUUUUACUGUGAAGGCAACAGCACCCCAACAAUGUGCUUAACACCUGAUAAAGAUUACAUUGUUACAACUUAUAAGCAUGGGCUGAUGUUUUGAGAUUUUACAUAUGGGAAAACAUGGGAGCAUGAAGUUUCUGAAGAGUGCAGUGUAAACGCUCUUAUUUUUAGUCCAUCAGGAGAAUAUUUUAUUACUGGUGAUGACAAAUGGAUGACGUUUUUCAAAUAUAAAGCAGGCAAUUUAUAUCAAAAUUGGAAGAUUUUAAGACAAUUCACAAUCACAUCGCCAAUCAGUGCUUGAGAUAUGACAGAAAAUGACUCCAUACUCAUUGUAGGGUUAAAAAGUGGAGAUAUCUGGCUUUUUAGUUUAAUUGCAAAUAAGCCUACAAAAGUAUGCGAGCUUCUUGGCCAUACAGAUUUUAUUUCAGGACUCCAACUUUUAAGGAAUGAAGAUCAUUUUAUAUCGGUUUCCUAUGACACCACAAUUCGUAUAUGAAAUCUCAAUAAAAAAUGAUGCAUGAGGGUAAUAAAAUAUCAUGCGGACAAAAUCUUAAGCUUGGUAAUUCCAAAUAAUGAAUGUUUUAUUGUUAGCUCCAAAGAUAAAAGUAUUUCUAUCUGGGCGUUAAACAGUUUUUCAUUAGUAUACUUUUUCCUUUAGAUUUUCUCUGACUAAGAAUUUAUAUUUUACUCCCCGCUCCGUGAGUGAAAAAAACCAUUGGAAAAAUCCCUAUUUUUUGCUCAAAAACCCACCCUCCAUGAAUGAACAAAAAUUUUUUAUGAAAAAAAUUGAUAUAUAAGUGAUAAUUAGUAUAAUGAAAUCUCGAGUUAAUUCUGUUUAAUUUAAAACAAAUUGCGUUUUAAAACAUAAAUUUUAUAAAUUAAAUUAAUAUUUGCUUCCCAAUUUUUGCAAAUUAGGAUUUUUUUAAAAUUUCGCAAAAUAUUUUUCUAUAAAAUUUAUAUAUAAUUUUGUUUUAAAAAAAAAAUUAACCCCUCUCCGUGAGUGAACAAAACUUUUUUGUUCACGCACGGACGGGGGGAGUUAGGCAAAUAAGGCUAGAAAUUAAAGCACAUCUCACUGGGCAAUCCAAGGGAAAUAACUUUAACAGCACUUAAUUAUCAAAGUGGAGGAAAAGUUUUUAUUUUUCCAGGUAUUGAUUAUAAGUUGUAUUUAGCUCAAAUUGGUGGAGAAAUUUGUAUUCAAAAAAAUCCUUUAGGCGAUGAUUUUGCUUUUUAUGGACCUGGGAAAAAAAUUUGUUUAUUUUUGAAUUAUGUCAAUAAUAUAUUGACUCGGCAAAAUCAGAAAUAUAUAGAAGAGCUAGAUAAAUGGGUGAUUAUGCCUUAUAAGAUUAAUACAACUCAUUUGUUUUCUUAUUUUCAAAUGCCAAAUCACUUAAAAUGUGCUUUAGAUAAUGAUAGUGCAUUUUUUGAAACCUCUUUUUGGGAAAAUCCUUUAUCUUUGAGUUUAGCUGGCUCGAGCAAUAUAAUUAGUAUUAUUUUGUAUGGACUUUGCAGAAAAGUUUCAUUCAAUCCUUAUGAAGUUCAGUUAAUAAGCGGCUAUUUACCUCAAUUAAAUAUAGAAUGAUAUAAAUAUCCAAAGCCACUUGAGCAGCUUUAUCAAAGCAUUCUUCACCCAGUGAAGAUAAUAAAUAAUGUUCCACAGUUCUGCGAAAGUUUACCAAGCCCAAUUGUUCAUAAAUCAGACUAUUUAUCUAUUGUCCCGACUGAUCUAAUUCCAAUAAGCCAGCUUAAAAAACGAGGCCAGCCUAUCGUAUUCUGGGAAAAUGCUUUAUGGGUUCACCAAUAUGGUUCAUAUGAGAGUUUAAAAUUUUUGAACAGUUUAUAUGAGCACCCAAAUCCAGAAAUUUUAAGGACGAAGUUUGUUAAAGCAAUUUUAGACUCCAAAUGAAGAGAUGUUAGAUAUGUUCUAUUUUGCUAUGGGCUUAUUUAUAUUUCUUUUCUAAUUUUAUAUUUUAUUCAUACUCUUGAUCGCCACCAUAAUCCUGAAAGUAUGCUUUUACCAAUUUUUGUAAUUAAUGCUGUCAUGCUUUUAUUUGAAUUUUUGCAAAUGUAUUUGAGCGGAAGAGAUUAUUGGGGAGAUAUAUGGAAUUUUUUUGAUAUGACGAGGUGUUCUUUUGUGAUACUUUAUGCUGUUUUAGUAUGAGUGAUAGGAAUUAAUGAGUUGACCAACUAUUUUUUGUCUUGGAUUACGUUAAUUUCAUGGAUUAGAGGAGUAGCGUUUUUUAGGUUUUUUGAAAGAACUAGAUAUAUGGUGAGAUUGCUUAGAGAGGUUUUAUCAGAUAUAGAGUCAUUUUUCUUUCUGCUGUUCUAUUCAACAUUUGGAUUUGGAGUUGUCUUUAUGGCAGUUCAAAAUAAUCCUGAAAAAUCAUUUUUUUCAGUUUUAUCAUGAUCUUAUUUAAUUGAUUUAAGCUCAAUAGAAAUAGAAAGCUAUGAUAUUUCUGAUUAUGCUGUAUUCUUAUUUGCUUCUGUAGUAAAUCUUAUUAUUAUGAUGAAUAUUUUGAUUUCUGUUAUUGGAGAUACUUAUGAUAGAGUUCAAGAAGGAAUUAUCGUUGCUGACAGAAUUGAGCUAUUAGAAAUUAUUAUUGAAGGCGAAACUUUGGCCUAUUGAAAUAGAAAAAAUGAGUCACAUUCAUUUAUACAAAUGCUAACAUUGGACAAAAACGAAGAAGAUUAUACUUGGCUUGGAAAAGUUAGGGAAAUAAAAGCAAGACUUAUUACGCUAUCGAAAACUGUCGAUCAAACUGUUGAAAAAAAUGAUAAACGAGCAGAAAAAUUAGAUAAGAAUUUAGCUAAAAUUAAAGCAAGUAAUAAGAGCUUGGAAGAAAGGCUCAAAGUAAUGAAAAAACAUAACAAACUAAUGGAAGAAAACUUCGAAGCAUUUUCGAAUAAAAUGGAUGAAAAAAUGAGAAAUCUUGAAGACCUGCUCACAAAAGCAAUAAAAAGUCAAUAA